AAAUCUCAACUUGGGCUCCCUGUAAGUUUCAAAGGAGAUCUCAUCAAGCUCUCAGUGAGGUUUUAGAAUGUCUCCCCAGUGCUAGAAAGGAGCAAGGUUUAAGCGGUGAAGUCUCAAGUCUCACCUAUUGCUCCUAAGGAAUGUUAGGAGAAACAAAUGAGACAUGUUUGAGACCAAAAAAGACUACAACGAGACUGAAAUGAGAACACUCAUUGAGCUCCUUUACAGUUCCAUAGCCAUAAAGGAGCAAGCUUUGGGCAGUAAAAUUUUCCUCUGGGUAUUUCUCUGAUAAGGUUAAGCCUAAAUAAAAGAAAAAGCACCAUUCAUAUACAUCAACACAACAUUCAGAUAUGUAAACCACUUUAAAAACAUGUACGCAUUAAACAUGAAUACUGCAUGAUCGGCCUAAAACCAGCUUGAUGGAAAUCUUUCAGAAUGGUUUGUGGUUUGUGAGGUAGCUAUGGAAACAAUCAGAUGCCUGAAUGGGCAUAUUGUUCAAAUACAUCAAACUAUUUUCAUUAUCAACUGCAUUUCUUUUGUGUGUGUGUGCAAGAGAAACAUGUGCAAUGUGCUCAAAAUCUUUCAUCUCCCCGCCACAGUAUUUUCCUUUACUGUUAAUUUGCAUGCAGGCCGCCUUUCGUUUGGUUUGAGAGGAAAACAGAACUCAACUGCGAGAGGCAGAUGGGAACAGGCAAAUUGACUCAUCCAUCAGUCAGCUGUCAGUCAUCCAGACGAACAUAUACACAAUGGUUAAUAGCAUACAGGGACGCCGUAACUAUUUUUCAGAUAUGUUGAUCUGCUAAGCCCUCCAGCCAGGAGAAUAAUGUUAUGAUAAUAAAUAAAUAAUUAAUGUCCACAAAUGCAUACAAUAGCAAAUGACAGCUAAUGCACAGUGUAGACAAUGCAUUAGGUAUGAAAGACUAUCUGAACCAGAUCAGACACAUUUCUCUGCGCUUUUCAUUUUGAACCUGCAUUAUAUAUGUCCAUGUCCAUUCUCAUCGAAAUGCAAUUGCAAAUCAAAUAAAUUUUUAUUUAUAUAGCCCAAAAUCCAAUCACAUUGCCUCAGUGGGCUUCAUACAGUAGUUUGAGUUUGACUUCAAUUGCUCUUGUAUUGCUUCUUUUUAAAAAAAUAAAUAUCUAUUCUUAUUUUCAUUUACAUACUUUUAAUUAUUGAAUUGGUAAAUUUCUCUUUCUAUCUAUGCUUGCCUUCUUUGUGCUGCUGCAACACCCCUAAUGUCCCCUCUGAGGAUCAAUAAAGGAUUUCGUUAGGAACAAUCUAUCCAAACAAUAGCUUUUUAAACUUUUUCCUAUAAACAGAAAUCUGUCUCUCCAUCAGUCAUGUUUGGUAAACAAACCGUGACAACUACUGAAUACUGUAUUUCACAUACUCACAAUCAGUUGUUGCUGAUUAAGUGAAAUACAGAGGAAAAAACACACAAGUUUUUGUAUGUUCACUCUGAACACUGGAAUGGUAGCGGCCAUGUUUGUAUACAUCCGGAACAGAUUGUAAAUUGUUAACAUAAAUAGAACACUGCAGUAGGAAAAGGCACCAGAAAACACAGCUUUGAAAAAACAAUCAUCGUUCAACAUUGUUGUAUUUCAUCUGGAGAAGCAAACCCAAAAAUGAAUGGCCAAAAAUCUCUAGAUAAUAACUGUGUUACUACUAAAAAUCUUUACUUACAUAUGCAGCAGUACUGCUUCGAAAAAGGGGGAGAACACACCCAUAUCCGAACACAAAUAUUAAACCCCUGAGUAACCAGCAGGGGAUCCAUUGUGUUACCGUAAUGCAGGCUCAGUGGGUGUGAACUCCGGCCAUGUGCUCUGUUCAACACAAGAGGGAUAAUCUCAGGAGCUGACCAAGCAGCAAACAAACUCUGUGGCUGCUGCUCUGAAGUCAGUCACUCUGCUGUUGCUAUUACCACAAAUGACACAGACCACGGGUGAGCUGAGCACCUUAUCAUCGAGCCAGACAGCAAGUCAGCCAGAAUCUCAACAAGGAAACAAGCAGGCGGACUACGCAGAGGAAAGCACACCGUGGAUAUUUCAACAUGUGCACCUCUAACUGGAUGGAUGAACUGGAAUUAAAACCCAUUUAAGAGGAACAAAGAAGAAAGAUACACAAGAAGAAAGAAGCCGCCUGUAAAGGGAGUUCUUUUAUGUCAAAUAAUGGAAAACAAGAUGACAAAAAAAGAAAGAAACGCACCAGCGAGUAGGAAACUGUAGGAAGGACAGUGGAAAAAACGUUAGGGAGAGAAAGUGUGUGUGUGGGUGAGUGAGAUGGGAGAGUGUUCCAGUGAAUCAGGUGUGUGCGUGGGUGUUACUGCUGGUAACCAGGCAGGGACAGACCUGGUCUCGUGGGGAUGUAGGGGGAGCGACUUCAUCAGCAAUGAAUAUAACUAGAGGGAAAAGAAAACCCAUACACAAAGCAGUCUGCCUCACUCUGACAGGGUCUCAGAGAACACAGGCUGCCAGGUCACUUGCUGCCAGAAACAACAUCAAAACAAUCCUGACAACCAGUUUUAGCUCAUUCAAUUGAAACCGCUCCUGCUGCUGUUGUUCUUGUUGCUGCUGCUGCUGCUGAUGAUGAUGAUGGCGCCAGUGGGAAUGACUUGUGCUCGCCACCGGAUGCUGGAUGGCUUGUAGUUAGCAGCUCAGACUGGCCGUUGAGGUAAAAAUGAUCAGAACAGGCGUGGACGUUUUUUAUUUCUUCUCCAUGAGGACCAUAGACUGAACUGCCUGAAAAGGAGUUUCAUCUGUGGAGACGGUGAAGCAGGGCUAUUAUGCGCCAGCUUGAAGGGACGAAAUGCAGCUUCCUGUUGUGCCUGGGGAUGAGUAUCAUUUGUUCAGUCAUUUACUUGAAGACCAGGAUCCCUACAGAACCGAAGCCCCUAGAGACUCCAGGUUGCAGGCCCUUUGCCGCUGAAUGUAAACCUUUCCUGCCCAGCCUGGAAACAGGGGUGGAGUGGUACCGCCAUGACUGCCAGGUGGAAAGCUACAUUCUGAAUAGUCGCAUGCAGUGUUCCAAUUUGACAAGAGACCUACACUUCAUCACAAGACCUCUGAGCCAAGAAGAGGAGGACUACCCUUUAGCAUUCAUUGUGACUGUUCACAAGGAGCUGGAGCUUUUUGUGCGCCUGCUGCGUGCCAUUUACAUGCCACAAAAUGUCUACUGCAUUCAUGUGGAUGCUAAGGCGCCGUGGGAGUACCAGGCGGCUGUACGGAAGAUAGUCAGCUGCUUUGAAAACACCUUCCUCUCCAGCCGCAGCGAGACAGUGACCUACGCUGGGUUUUCCCGCCUGCAAGCGGACGUGAACUGCAUGAAAGACCUAGCAAAGUCCACCAAAGGCUGGAAGAAGGUGGUGAAUCUGUGCGGACAGGAUUUUCCCGUCAAGAGCAACCUGGAGUUGGUGCGGUACAUGAAGAGCAAAGAGUGGAGAGACAGAAACAUGACGCCCGGGGUCAAGCAACCGACAUCUAUGAGACACAGGACAGAGCUCCAGCACAGGGAGAUCAUAGGGUCACAUGUAGCUGUGAGAGGGUUAAGACAAAAGAAAGGUCCUCCUCCACACAACCUGCAAAUGUAUUUUGGAACAGCCUACUAUGCUCUCACAAGGGCAUUUGUAGACUUUGUUCUGAAAAGCCAAAUAGCCCACGACCUCUUGGAGUGGUCCAAAGACACGUUCAGUCCAGACGAGCACUACUGGGUGACACUCAACCACAUCAAAGAAGCUCCAGGCAGCCACAUAGAUGGAGGCUGGGAAGGAGACAUCCGGGCUAUCAAGUGGAGGGAUCAAGAAGGAGGAUCACACAAUGGCUGCAAAGGGCAUUACGUACGAGAUAUCUGUAUCUAUGGAGUGGAAGACCUGCCGUGGAUCAUCAACAGGAACAACAUGUUUGCCAAUAAGUUUGAGAGUACCUCCUUUCCAGAGGCACUGGACUGCCUGGAGCAGUGGCACAGAAACAAGGUGUUGAACCAGUCAUCGGUUCCCAUAGAAGAAUCGUGGCUGCUGGCCACACAGAGGAACUCAAGCUACUUCAACAGCAGUGCUGGAGUGUGAGAGCACUGUUGGUAUCUUCAACAAAAAAGUCAGACUAUAUGCAGUUCAGGUUGUUUGCACUUGUUCAGCAGCUGUUGCACUUUGCAGACUCUGUAGCACAGCCAGUGUUCACAGAUAUAUGAACCUGUGCAAUGACUGUUUUUAUUGAUAAGUGAAAGACAGUAUAUAUGUCAGAUGACAGUUGAAAAUAUCUUCUCAGUAAACAAUUUCCUGUCCAUCAAAAGUACAGUUUCUCGAAAUAAAACAUCCAAGUGAAUGAGGAAUAGUAUUUGAGAUAACUACGCAACAAAAUAUGCUGACUAAACUCCUGUAUAUGCAUUUAAAUGUAUUUAUUUAAUUAAAUGUUGAAUACUGUUUAAUUUAAUAUUGUUCAAUGUAUGGUCCAGUUCAGAAAUGCAUAAAUAAAACUACUGUCUGUUUAUCUGUUGUUUUUGUUUCCUAGGGAGUAGCAAGUAUAAACAAACAAAUAAAGACGAAUUCCCUGCCUUUCUUCCCAUUCAUAGAUGAGAUGAAAUCUAGAUAGCAGGUCUGUGAAGCUGUGCCUUGAGCAAUUGCUCAAUUUAUCCUGCACUUUUAAUGGCAGAUGAGUUUUGUAAAAGUGAAUUGCCUAAGCCUGUCAAGCAGUUUACAAUUAUGCAUCAUUUUAUGUUACAGAUUACUAGGACAGAUGCCGUGGUGGCCUCCUAAAUGCAAGGAAAGAUAAAAACAGCAACAUGGAGUGAAAAAAAAAAGUCCCAUGACUUUCUCAUGUCCAUCAAAUUUACCAAGUAAUGUCAACACUACGCUGGCCAAAUGCAAGUUAAAUAUAGAAAUUGGGCAU